UGUGUGUGUGUGUGUGUGUGCUGGUAAUCACAACUUAUCUCACUGGUAUCUAACGACCAGAUCGACCCCUGUUUUUUGGAUUUUAAGAGGGGUUUCACUAUCAGUAUCUCCUACUAUUACAAACACCCAACCACCAGUUCCACAAUAACUAGAUAACAUCCCUCAAAACAAGAUACUAUCCAGUAUCCACACUCCAAUAAGUAUACCCGGAUGUAACCAGCAUGGACCAGUUACAUACCAGCUAGAAGGAUAAUGAUAGUAAGAUGUCUGCACUCUCUCUCUCUCUCUCUCUCUCUGUUGGGUAUAGUGUGGUAGGUUAGUAGACGUCAUCUUGGAGGAGUUUGUCUGUAGAGGACAUUUCCUUGUGUUUGGACUUUUGGAGGACAGUGCUUUUGUUAAGAUUAUUAAGUUUGUUGAGCUUGUUUGGUCUUCUGUCUGCUUUCUGAUUGGUUAAACCAAAUCGUGUGGAACCAGUGCUGCGUUCUGAUUGGUCGAUUUUCUGCCGGUGAUGAGGAUAACGCAGCAAAACGAUUUGGCGGAGGUUGACCGCCGGAAAAAUCAUAACUUUGCGGAUGAACUUAACCAGCGUUUACGGUACCUAACGUGCAAGAUAGCGGAAACAAACGAGAUAGGCACAGCGGAGAUAAGCCCUAAGAUAAUGGAGAUAAGCCCUGAAAUGGAAACUGUUUUCCUGGCGAGAUUACCUGAUGCUAAAACGAGAAGGAAACACAAAAUUAUGAGGGAUGUUGGUCUGGGGACACUGAAAGUUAGGGUUGAAGACAGAGGCGUUAAUACUGACGUCGUCGAAGUGAAAGAGAAAGCGAAAGUGAAACCAAAAGAGGAAACGAAACUGGAAUUAAAGAAAGCAGAACCAAAACUGAAAGAGAAAGUAGAACCGAUACUGAAAGAUAAAGUUAUCACGAAAGAUAGAGGAAUCAAUACACAGAUUAUGGGGCAAAUCGUUGCAGAAUCAGAAGUAUACCUCCAGAAUUACGCGGCUCUCAACGCUUUCUUUCACUCAGCUCUACAUCAACUAAAGAUCAUGAAGACUAACGAAAAUCAAGAAAGACGACAGCUAAACACGGUAGAGGACAUGUUCAGUGAAGGUGACAACUUCUCCUCUGAGGGAGAAAGACUGGAGACAAAGGGGGAGAUGGCUCUCUCGCUGGCAUUCUAUACCAACGCUGCAAGCAAGUUCAAACAGAUCACAACCCUGAACAACCUGUCGAGUGACGUGAUGCUGCGCGCCCAGAUCCGCCGAGAGAGUUGUCUGAAGAAAGCAAGGACCAUGUACCGAAGACUCCUAGUCCAGUCUGCUCAGAAGACACCUCAGAAUAAUACCGAGCAUAAUAAUCUCAGAUCUUCAAGGAAGACUAACCAGGUCCGAACAGAACGGAGACCAUGCAACUCGUGUAGUAAAUCAUGUUUCUGGUUAAAAGACGGACUCUGUUCAGACUGUGAUCUCAGAGCUAGCGAACUCCAUCGCAGAACUGCUCGAAGGAAUGUAGCCUCGCGUUUGAACGGCCCACGUGACGUGUCUAGUCGUGCUACUGUACGUGACUUUACCACACCUCGUGUAGCGGAGAACCAGAACUAUGCUAGGACACGCAGAACGUACGAUGACAGUGAAAGUAACUACAGCUCCGAAGAAGAGUUCGCCCCAGUAAAAUCCUGUGCAAUCUGCCACACCCACCGCCACCACCAACCCUCCUACCACCCCACCACCUCAUACCGUAGAAGGUGCUGCUGAAAUGUGACGUCAUAAGUCUUUUGUGACGUCAUCAGUAUGUGUGUGACGUCAUUGGAAAUUGAAGAUGCUGUUGAGUGGUGCUGUGUUGAAGAGGCAGUGAAAUGUUGUGUUUGAACGAAGAUUUGUAGAGUUUCGUCAGAGGAAUGUUAGUUUCCGUCUUCAAAGGAAUGUUCAUUUCUAGACACAUGUUCAUUUCUAGACACAUGUUCAUUUCUAGACACAUGUUUAUUCUAGACACAUGUUCAUUUCGAGACCAUGAAGUUCAUUUCGAGACAAUGAAGUUCAUUCCGAGUUGCCAUAUCCGUUGAUUUUUUUGUGUUAUAAUAUUUAAUUUAAAGGGCCAAGUACCGUGAAUAAUACAGGACAGUGAACAUGAUAAUUGCAGUGUCGAGAUUUGUAAUUCCACAAUAAAUAACCAAUGACUAUCAUUAAUCUUUAAUUUAUUAGAGAUGUCAUUUAAUCAAACUAAGUUAUAAUUUAAUUAAAGAUUUUCGACACUGUAGUAACCAUAUCACGCGCCCUAAGUAGUAAAAUUAGAGUAUCAUUAUUGGUUGUAAAUUGAUUUUUUCACGCUGUAUUUACAUAAGUAUUAAUUAUUUAUCACUAUUUAUAUUUGUCUCUGCCGGUAUUUAUACAUUUUUGCAUUAAAUUACGGAACGAUCUAUAUUAAUACCAUGAUAUGAGGCACGAAUCUCGGAUAGCACCCAGAGAUACAUAUCUUAACUACAUUUUAUCCGAGUUGUUUUCCAAAGGGUUAACCCUAACAUCCUGCGAUUAGUUUUGUUAACAAGGGUUCUAAUACCGAGCUCUUUUUUUGUGUCCUCACGAUAGUUAAUUUUUCAAAUACAUUUUCAGAUGUGAUCAAAAUUAAUUGGUUCAUGUUCGUUGUAUUUUCCUCGUAUAAAGGGUCAAUUAAAUUUUGGGUUCAUGCACACUUUCGGGGACGAUCAAGCUUUGGUCAGUGUGAUAUUUACGUUUUAGUAAUGUACUGAGAGCUUGUCAUGUAUAUUUAUAACUUAGAAUUUUCAGAGUUAAUGAUUCAAA